CCGUGUCUCCCCUCCCAGUCGUUUUGAGUGUGCGGCUGGGCCUGCCCCCGCCAACCCUGCGGGAAGGCCCGUCCGUGAGGGGUCUUGUGGCAGCGCCGGUAACAGCAACGCGGGGCGCUGCCUUCCCAGCUCGUAUCUCGGUCAGGAACUCCAGGAGAGGCUCCAGAGGCUGUGGAACAGCCUCGUCACCACGACUGACUACUUAAUGCUGCCAUAAAAGCUGAUAAACCGAAAUUGUAAUGUUCUGUAGCUAGUGUCUCCCGAACUUCGGUUGCAGCCAGAUGUUAUAUUAUUUUUUUUACCUUUUUAUUGUUGUUUCGCAGUUGAUCCUAUGCAUUCCAAAAUGAAACAGAAACUGACUGCAGAAAAAUCGUCAGGAUCUCUGCAGAAGUACCUCACAGAUACCACAUGCCUUGCUUCCCCAAGACGGACUCUUAAAAUGAUUCAGCCUUCAGCAGCAGGUAGCCUGGUUGGCAGAUAUAAUGAGAAGAAAUCUUCGGUCAAAAGGAAACUCUGGAAUAACAAGUUUACCUCAAAGGCUUGUAAUGCUGAGGUGUCUGUGGACAAGGAGCAAGAAAAUGAGGACGGUGUCAUUCAAGCUGUAGAUCUCAUGAUGAAAGGAAGUCCUUCACCUCAGUAUUGGAAAGAAGUGGCUGAAGAAAGGAGGAAGGCUCUGUAUGAAGUGCUUCAAGAAAAUGAAAAGUUGCACAAAGAAAUCGAACAGAAGGAUGGUGAAAUUGCCCGCCUAAAAGAAGAAAAUGAAGAACUCAUGUCCCUCGCUGAACAUGUUCAUUACAUGACCAGUGUGAUUGAGAGGCUAACUGGGCAAGGACCUGAGAAUCUUGAGACACUGGAGAAUCUGACUCUGGAGGAAUUCAGACAAAAAAAUGAAGAGCAUAACUGUGGAGAUAAGGAAGGGCUGUCACAUGUAUCGUCUGGCUUAGGGGAGAAUAGAUCAGAUCUUGCUUCAAAGGAAGCAAACCAUUUGCAACUGGAAUGACAGCCUUUAAAUAGGCUUAUGUAUGUGGCUUUUAAUUGCAGACUUCCUCUUAAAAGGAUAUACUAAACCUUCUCAGGUAUAGAAACUCUUGUGGAAGUGUUACAGAUGUUGGUAUUUUUAACUGGCAUUAUGUGGCAGUGGGAGUAUCUGGAUGCUGCAUGGAAAACUUACUACUGGCUGCAUGUAGUUACUUGUAUGAAAUGCACAUACUGUGUAUUUCAGCUGUUGUGUAAAUACCUUAUCAGUUGGUCUGACAUAAUUCAUGAACAUUGAUAAAUAAAUCUUUGCCUUACCAAAACAGCCUCUUAAUUGAGUGGGGAAUGGCCUGUAGAUGGAAACUUCCAAGUUUUUUAGGGAGUGCCUGGGUAGUUUUUAACUCUUUAGAUUUGCAGAAUUCUCGAACAGAAUGACUUUUGGUGGAUGGUGGGGGGAAGCAAAAACUUUUAUGCUUUUUUGGUGAGGCUUCAGAAAGACAAGAAUGAGUAGUAAGAGUCAAAAUUUAAAGUUUAGCUAGAUUUAUGCUUUUCAGGUGUCUGAAAUAAUUUCCUCUGCCUUUUAAGGGAGCCUUUUGCAAGUUGUAGAGAUGAGAGCUUCAGUAGAAAGUAUUAGACCAUCUCUUUUACUAAUACAUUCAUUGGCUUAUAAAGAGAAGGUGGAGUGUUCUUGAUCACAGUAGCAGCUGUGCUGAAAAUUAGGUAGAGACAAAGCAGCCUACACUUGAGAGCUGUGCUGGAAGCAAAGUCAAUGCCUGAUAUUUACCCAGAGAUGAGACACCUUAUUACCGAGGUAGUUAGGUUCUGAGGAAUUUACAUGAAUAAAAGGCAGUCUUUAAAAUCUAGAGCACCUUAUCUGGCACCUGUAUGGGGUGUGGCUGGAGAGUAAGUUGGAUACAGGUUUUCCAAUUGCAGUUGUUCUAUAACAAGGUCUUCUGAGGAUAUGGGGGCCAUUGCCAUAGCUUGAGAAGGGCUUAAAGUUGAGUGGCUUUCAGGAGGCAGAGCGGGAUCCUGGUUUGUGGAUCUAUCUGGCCUUGCCAAAGAUGGUUGCUUCAGGGUACGUAUGAAAGAGUCUUUGGAGCUAUCAGAUUGGCAUCUUUAGAUUCCUUCUGUCUUUCUCCCUGUGGCUGUUGGUAACUUAACAGAUGUUUUGCAACUGAUUUCAGUUGUGACAUCCAGGGAAUGUCAGAACCAUUGUAGGAAGUAAUAUUCCUUUCUGGCUUCCAUUUCACCUCAAGUAUGGUAACUAGAAAAUGAGGCAUCAUGUUUUCUUAGGAACUUGGUAAAUGAAAGAUUGCACCUUCCAAUUUGUGCUCUAGAGGGUGCUUAGACAUGUUCCCUUCCAUCACAGAUCAGAAAAGGUGAUAAAGGUGUGUCUUUUAACUUGCAUUUAUGUUUUCUUUAAGAAAAACAACUGAAUGCUUGGUAAUUGCUUUGUAGAGAACCCUGGGUUAUCUCUUCAAGAGAAAUGGAUAAUACUUGUGGCUUAGACCUCUCCUAUCUCAGAUUCUAAGCAACCUCCUUGACAAAGUAGUUCAACAAUAGUAAAUAAACAUAAAUUUUAUCUUGAUAUAAUUGUUUUUACGCAGUUCAAUUUAGUUUAGGUUGUUCACAGUUAACUGUAAUUUUUUUUCAGAGGUGGCUUUAUUUUUAAACAUCAGGGAUAUUGCAUUUGCAGAGACUGUAGAAGGGAAGGAAGCACUUGUGGCAUAACUAGCAGGCCAGGCAGACCAAUACAACUGAGACAGCAAGUGCAACUCUUCCACUAUCUCACCUCUUGCUCUGUGAAUUGCUGUAAUACAGGUGCUUUUGUUGGAACACAGAACUGCCAGAAAACAACAAAUCCAGAAUUUGUGUGCAGUAUGUGUAUCUGUCUUAUCUUCAGGUUGCUCAAGAAGAAUGCUUAUUAGGUUUAAAUCUUGUGCUUUUUCUGGAUUGAUUUUAUUUAAGUAACAAACAAGACAGUCCCUUGAGAAGCUGGAACCUUACUUCUGUUAUAUGGAAUAAAUCAUGGGAGUUCUUCAAGUAGGCUUAUGGAUUUAUUGCAGCAUUUGGUCCACCUCCAAUAGAAUAACUUCUUACAUCAAAAAGGCAUGUAACAUUCAGUAAUACAUCCUAGUGCUUCAAACCAAGACUACUGGGGUUUUAUUAAAUGUAACUUGUUAGCAGAGAGAAUAGUUUGCUGUAUCAACUCCUGAAAAAAAAAACAUGCUGCAGGAGAAGGCCAAGCAGGAGAGCCAAAUUGUGCCGUAGUAAUAAACCCCAUAUAUGAGCUUUGUCUUUGUCACAAACCUUGAUGAAAAACUGUCUAUGCCUAUCAUAUCAGUUAUAGUAAUGUAUGAAAGUGGUGUCAGAAGUUUUAUGAUACUGCAUUAAUUGCUGUUUAAAAAUGUUCUAAAAGGGUCAAGUUUUGUUUAUUGUUCUGAAAAUUCCGGAGUGCUUUUUUAAACAUGCAAGCAGUAGCACUGUUACAUAGUAAGUCUAGGAAUUCUAUAUUCAUGUGUGAAAGGCAUGUCAACUGUGUAGAAAUUAUACAGAGAUUUGUGUGAUUAGUUCUCUUACAACCAUUUGACGUUUUAUUUUUGUUUAAGUAUAUAGGGAAACUCUCAUUUACCACUGCAACACAGCUAUGUAACAGCUGAAAAUCAACAUCAUUAAAGACAAAUUUCAUAUCCAGCUAAAUUACAGAGAAUGUUCUAUCUAGCACAAUAAAGUUAUCAGUUCUAGAACCUAA